UUUCAGAAGGUGUUUUAUGAAUUUCCUUUCCUUCACAGAACUGUUUGAGAAGAAGAACUAUGAGCUGAGGAUUGCGGGAGGUGCCGUGAGGGAUUUGCUUAGCGGGAUAAAACCAGAAGAUGUGGAUUUUGCCACUACUGCCACACCAGCAGAGAUGAAGGAGAUGUUCACGUCUGCAGGUGUUCGUCUGAUAAAUAAUAAAGGAGAGAAACACGGAACCAUUACUGCUCGGCUCCAUGAACAGAAUUUUGAAAUAACUACUCUUAGAAUAGAUGUUGUCACCGAUGGACGACAUGCAGAGGUUGAAUUCACCACUGACUGGGAAAAGGAUGCGAAAAGGAGAGAUCUCACUGUCAAUUCCAUGUUUUUAGGUUUGGAUGGAAUGCUGUAUGAUUUUUUUAAUGGAUAUGAAGACUUAAAAAACAAAAAAAUUAGAUUCGUAGGACAGGCAAGUGAGAGAAUACAGGAAGACUAUUUACGAAUCCUAAGAUAUUUCAGGUUUUAUGGAAGAAUUGCAGAAAAACCUGGUGAUCAUGAAUCCAGCACGCUGCAAGCAAUUAAAGAAAAUGCGAAAGGUUUAGCUGGAAUAUCAGGAGAAAGAAUUUGGGUGGAACUGAAGAAAAUUCUUCUUGGAAACCAUGUAAAUCAUUUGGUUCGACUUAUAUAUGAGCUUGAUGUUGCCCAAUAUAUAGGCCUACCACUUAAUGGCAAUUUAGAGGAAUUUGACAGAGUUGCGAAAAAUGUUCAAAAUCUGUGUCCAAAACCAAUGACAGUUCUGACAUCACUGCUAAAGACAAAGGAUGAUAUCCUCAAUCUUGAUUUGAGACUGAAAAUCUCAAAAGAGGAGAAGAACCAUGGCCUUUUUCUAGUGAAGCACCGGCAAGACUUAACCAAAGCUGUGGGUCCGGAACCACUUAAGCCGUAUCAGGACUUCAUAAUGGAUUCUAGGGAAGCUAAUACAAAUUCCAGGAUCUGUGAGCUUCUAAAAUACCAAGGAGAAGAAGAUCUUUUAAGAGAAAUGCAGCAAUGGACUAUUCCCUCCUUUCCUGUCAGUGGCCACGAUUUAAGAAAAAUGGGAGUUUCUUCUGGGAAAGAAAUUGGAACAGCUUUACAGCAGUUGAGGGAAGAAUGGAAGAAGAGUGGAUACCACAUGGAUAAGGAAGAACUCUUAAGUUGUCUGAAAAAGCUGUAAUAUUGU